GGAGUGAAGCUGGUGGUUGUAGCAGACUGAUAACAGCACCAUGAAUAGCUCAGCACUGGCAGGUACUUAGGGAGCAAGAAAGAGCUCCCGGCUGGCUGCUGGCUCUGAACACAGAAGAAUCGUGGGCACCUAUAUUAAAGAAGGUGUGGCUAGGAUUAGAAAUAGAACAGCCCCCAGAGAGCAUAUGCUCUUCAUCCUGGAACUGCAACAUCAGGGACCAGAAGCAUCCAAGUGUGUGUAACUCUCCAGCUUCAAGUUUCUCACACAGUUUUGUGGUUUCAAGCCCUGCACCUUCCAGAAAACCCCUCUUCAGUCUGUUUUUACAUAAUGCCCCUGGAUAAGAUGAAAGAUCUGAGCCUAGAGGACUCCAUGACACGCUCUGAAACAGAUGAAGUGGGUGGAGUUCUCCUUCCAAAAAGAGUGUGUGACAGGUGGGAUCAAAUUUGGAACUUCAGAGCCAGACCUGAUGAUCUGCUCAUCGCAACCUAUGCAAAAGCAGGUACAACAUGGAUACAGGAGAUUGUGGAUAUGAUCCAACAUGAUGGAGACAUUGAGAAAUGCAAACGUGCCACCACUUACCUGCGACACCCUUUCAUUGAGUGGGUUCUGCCUGGACCUUUCAGCUCUGAUACAAAUGGCCUGGAACUAGCUGAAGCGAUGCCCUCCCCACGAACACUGAAAACUCAUCUCCCUGUACAACUGGUGCCUCCAUCCUUUUGGGAGCAAGAGUGUAAGAUAAUCUAUGUGGCAAGAAAUGCCAAAGACAACCUGGUGUCCUACUACCAUUUUCACAGAAUGAAUAAAAAUAUGCCUGAGCCAGGAACCUGGGAGGAGUUUUUGGAGAAAUUCAUGGCUGGACAAGUGCUUUGGGGUUGCUGGUAUGAUCAUGUAAAAGGAUGGUGGGAUGCAAAAGAAAACCACUGUAUUCUCUACCUCUUCUAUGAAGACCUAAAGGAGGAUCCAAAGCGUGAAAUCCAAAAGGUGUUACAGUUCCUGGAGAAGGACUUGGAGAAUGAAGUUCUCGAUAAAAUCAUCCACCACACAACAUUUGAGAUAAUGAAGGACAACCCCAUGGCAAACUACACUUUUCAACCUCCUGCAGUAAUGGACCACUCGAUCUCACCAUUCAUGAGAAAAGGGACUGUUGGAGAUUGGAAGAACCAUUUCACAAUGGCACAGAAUGAGAAAUUUGAUGACGAUUAUAGGAAGAAGAUGUCUAGAACCUCUCUGACCUUCCGCAUGGAGCUCUGAGAAGGGGUCAUAGGGAUUAUUCUCUAUAAUCUACUAGCACUUUCCCUAUAAAAACCUCACAAAAUAACUGUGCAUCUAAAAUUACAAUGCCCCAGUUUUCCACACCACUGAUUUUACAGGGCUGAGCAUCCCCUUUCUCUGUGUAAACCUAAUUUUGAGACAAACAUCUUACUUAAACUAGAGUCAAGCAGUAAUGUACUGUAGAGACUUUGCAGGAAUCCCUCAAAAUCCCACCCUCAAAUUGAAGAGGUGGCUGGGGUGAUUUCCCUGAUGAAAUUUAUCCCCUCAUCCCUAACUUUUAUUCCUGGUGUUCAUAAAAUUCUUCUGAAGAGCAGGCCUGUAGGGUCUUGUUCAUUUACUUUUUUUUUUUACUUUUUGUAAAACUUUAGAUGGUAAUAUCCAAUAUUUUUAAAACCAUUCCCAGCAGCAAGUAAAAACCCUGAGCUAGAAGGCACUAUUGAAUUGCAACAUGCUGUUAUUGUUUGUAUGUUUUCAAUAUGCUGGGAAAACUGUAAUCCAUCCACACACUCCAUUAGUGCGGUAAGUAAGUACUAUUAGCUACACUUUGCAGAUGAUGAAAUGGUGUCAUGCAAGAAUUUGAAGUUACUUAUUCCCCUUCUCCCUCCAUACAUACUGCAUGCUAUAUAAGAUCUAGCCCUAAAUGACUUGCAUGGGUGGCAGUUUGGUCUAACAAAUUAAUUUAUGGGACUAUGAAUCGGAAAGCUAUACUCGUUCCACCUCUAGGACUGACCUGCCCUCCAGGCCUCAAACAAACCAGUUUGCCACUAAAGCUAAGCACCUAAAUCCAUACUUUGAAGACUUCAAAUAAUGGAUUUAGGUGCCUAGCUGAAGUCAGUCAGAUACUGGGAUGCCUCAGCACCUUUGAAAAUCAGACUGCUUAGCUAGGUGCCAACUAUAGAGUUAGACCUGGAUCUUCAAAGGUAUUUAGGCUCAUAACUUCCACUAAUUUUUUAACAGAAGCUAAGGGCCUGAUACCUUUUGAGAUGGGGGCCUGACGUGCUGAACUUUAGACAUCCAUGUUUGAAAAUGUUAUCAUUAAACAUAACCUUUCUGAGCCUCAAUUUCUUAUUAUUUCUUAUGUACAAAAUGGGGAUAUUGAAAUGUACCCCUCAAAGUGGUUGUGAAGCAUGAUUUGUGUUGUAAAAGCACUUUGAGAGCCUUGAAUGAAAGGUAUUAUGUAACUGCAAAGUAAUAUGAAGACCAUAUGGUAGGGAACAGAUGGGAGUAGAAGGCGAGAGCAAUUUUAUUCCCAAUUCUCGCCUCACUUCACAAGACUACACUGCCUCUGGUACUUCUAUGGGGUAGGGGGUGCAAAGCAUACAUUUGUGGGUGCAAAAUGAAUUGUGUGAGUGAACAAGAGAGCACAUGGACACAAGGUGUACAGGUUUCACAAAGUCACUCACAUCCUUUUCAAAGGCUUGUCAUUUGUGAGGAACCUCCUAAAUUCUACCAGGGCAUGAGAGCACUCUGAUGUUUCUAUUUCAGAGGCAAAUAAUGCCAAAACUAGCACUUCAAUUUCUGCCUUAUAGAGUCCUGUGGAGCAGAUCUGAUAAAGAACGUUGGAAUUAUAUAAAUAUGAAGUUUCUAGGCCAAGCCAUUUUUGAGAGAUGACAAAAAGAAUCUUCAGAACUUAAUGUAUGUCUACUUUGCAGCUGGGAGCGAGGCCUGCAGCCCACCUAGACAGACUCGCUCUAGCACACUAAAAGUAGCUAUGUGGACAUUGCAGCACCAGAAAAGGCUCAAACUAGUCACAAAGCUUGAGCUCUGCGUGCUAGCCCAAGACUCUACUGGUGCUACACCAUCCACACAGCUAUUUUUAGCAUGCUGGUGCAAGUUUAUCUAUCUGGGCUGGGAGGCUUGUUCCCAGCUGCAGUGUUGACAUAGAUGUAGGUACUUCUAUGACCCCCAUUACCAUAGUAUGUGAGCACCUCCCAGUCUUCAAUGUAUUUUCACAACAGCAGGGUGAGAUAGGGCAGUACGAUCCCCUCCGUUUUAUGGGUGGAGGUCUGAGGCACGGAGACUUGUUUAAGUUACACAGUCUGUCCAUGGCAGAGUAGGGAAUUAAACUCCAGUCUCCCAAGUCCCAGACUAGUGCCCAUAUCACUGAACCAUCCUUUGUCUCUGUAAACUCUAUGUAAACUUAAUUUGCACCAAUUUUUUUCAGAGCAUCACAUCUCAGAAAUAACAGGAGUACUUGUGGCAAAUGUGUUAGUCUCUAAGGUGCCACAAGUACUCCUGUUCUUUUUGCGGAUACAGACUAACACGGCUGCUAUUCUGAAACAUCUCAGAAACAGAAUGCUUGAAUCACCUCCAGUUUAGUCAACAGCCUUUUCCUCUGGCUAACCACACAUUCAACAUUUUAAACAAAAAGACCAUUUCUGAAGAGUUGAGAGAAGCCCAAAGUAAGUUUACAAGUGAAAGCUGAUUACACCCUUAACUAUAGAAAGACUCCAGAACAUGGAGCACAUAUUUAUCAGCUCAUUGCCUCUAGAGAGUAAGAUUAUCAACCUGGUUGUCUAAUUUUAGGUAGUAUGGUGUGUUAGAUUCCCACUGAGUAAAAUAAACUAACACAGAGAGGAAUAAAUGAAGCUGCACAGGCGUUGCUACUGGUAAUAAAGAGCCGAAGGUGAUAACAUGAAGGUAUCAAGCGGAGUGCCACAAGGGUCGGUCCUGGGGCCA